AGCAGAUUGGACAUCAUCUCUGGAGGUGGGAGAAUGCAAGCGCGCUACUGCAGCAUGCAGGAGCUGAAUGAUCACCAUGGCAACAACAGCAUCAGUACCAGCAGCAGCAGCAGCAGCAGCCGUGAGCCGCUCAUGCCUGUGUCAACAUUGAGACCUGCUCCUGCUCUCAACACACACUCCCUCCCUCUCAACUUAAUGACAUAGGAUCAAAGCGGGUGCGUGGAUCACGCCUCCGGGUCACGCAGCAGCAUCGUCGCACAGGCAGGUGAUGGAAUAGAUGAUGUCGGAAGUACAGGGCACUGUGGAGUUCUCGCUGGAGCUGCACAAGUUUCACAAUGUGGAUCUCUUCCAGAGAGGCUUCUAUCAGGUGAGGGCAGGUCUGCGUGUGUCUCCUCAGAUUCCCCACAGAAUCACUGCCACAACCCCUGGAUACACAGGCGAGUGCAGUUUCAGCAGCGCAGGGGUUCACGAUGGCAGCGUGUUCAGUCGGAUCUUUCAGAUCCUGUACAGGAAUGAAGAGGUGACCCUGGAGGACCGCAUGAACUUCAGAGUGCACCUGCUGCUGGAUGGGGAGAAAGUGGAGGAAGCUGUGAGUGAGGUGGAUGUCCAGCUCAAACUAGAUCUGCACUUCACUGACAAUGAACAGCAGUUGGCGGAUAUCUCUUCAGUGCCUCUGAUUAGCAGCAGGACGUUGGGUUUGCACUUCCAUCCACACCAAGGCCUACACCAUCACCUGCCCGUCAUGUUUGACUAUUUCCACCUGUCCGUUAUCUCCGUCUCUAUCCAUGCCUCCCUGGUGUCACUGCACCAACCGCUGAUCAGUUUUGCGCGCAGUGGAAAGGGUGCGUGGCUGGGUAAAGGCUCUCCAGAGAGUGAAGCUCCACCCUCUGCGAUGUCAGUGGAGAAUCUGAUGUUUGGGGCGGGAUAUUGCAAACCUGUGCCAACAGAGGUCAGGAGAUUUUCUGAAGCAUAUUUCUUCACAGAACAUCCCAAAGAGUCCUCACUCACAUUUCAGGAGGAGCUUAUCAAUAGACACGCACAGGUGGCCACAGAGAUGCGCAGCUCUGAUUACCUGCUCCGAAUGCCUCCACUUCCUGUGGAAUGCCUGGACAUCGACGGAGACUGGAGCAGCCUGCCAAUCAUCUUUGAGGACAGAUAUGUGGACACGCCCUGUUUAGACUACAACAUCCAUGUGCAAAAUCAGACUGCCUUAAACUCUCAGCCAUGUCCUGAGCCAACGAGGAUGGAAGACCAAGCCAUCAGUCCAGCUGAGGAAACACAGGACACCAAUUCACCAGCAACAACCCCUGAGGAACCUCCCUGUGAAGAUUACAUGGACUUGCCCACAUACAUGGCCCUGAUUGGCCGGCAGGAGGACUGCAUCACUGACAAUAAAGAGACCAGAGCUCAAGCAGAGACUCUGAUUGGCCAUGUGGGUGAGACUGAUAUUGAUAGAAGCGAAUGUAUCACGAUCUCAGAUUCAAGAAUCGAUUCUGUUGAAAAGGCCACAUGCCAAUAUGAAACUGAGGAAGGAUUCGAUGUUGACUGUAGGUCUGUAGACAGCGAUGAAGCAAUAGAUACAAGUAACCUGGAAAAAACUAGCUGCCCAAAAGAAGCAGUUGACUUUGAUGAAUCGGAUCAUGCAGGUCUUUGUCAAUCAUUGCUGCUUGUUCCGACAGAUGCUGCAGAACUUCCCAACCUUACCAGCUUUGAGUUCCUGCCCACUCAUAACCAUGACAACCAUCUUGAAACACCAGGCAAUACUGGGAGUCUUGGCAGCGACGAGCCACAGUCGGUAUUAGAUAACAGAUGCAUUGAAUUACCUGCAAAGGAUUAUGGGAGCAAGGAUACAACACCAGCUAAUCUACUAAACGCCAACUCAAUGGAAACUGACACUUUAGCCACGCCUCCUUCUCGUAACAUUCUACAACAGAACCGUCGCUUGUCCGAAACUCCGCCCAAGGGCAUGUUCUUGGGCGGAGCUAAGCUAAUGAACCGCUCCUCCUCCGUGAUCUCGGACUCCGGCAUUGAGAGCGAGCCAAGCUCUGUGGCCUGGACCCUGGAGGGUCGAGGAGUUGUCGCAGGGGGUCGUGACGUCUUGCAGAACUUGGCGCGGCGUCGGCCAGGGCAUCAGAGCUCUUUGGAAGGCCUACAGACGGAAAGUCACGGCAGCCUGCCCAGCGCCACACAGGCCUCUUUGACUUCCAUAAGCUCCCUGCCGUAUGAAGAGGAGGAGGCGAGACAGCUCAAUACUUUGACCAAAUCUGCCUCUGCACCACAGAUCAGCAGCCCUGACGACACCGAGGAGGAUCGUGAAACACCCAAUCAGGAAAAGAGGAAUGUUUGCGUGGCCAAUCAGCUGAGUCUGAGUGAUGAAGCAGCCAAUGAGGUGAAGCGGAAUGUUCAAGACAUUACUACAGAGGACAGAGAGGAAACAACCAAUCAGAGCUAUGUUUGUGUGGCCAAUCAGGUAAGGAAGAGUGAGGAAGCAGCCAAAGAGGUGAAGCAGAAUCUUCAAGGUGUUACUAGAGAGGACAGAGAGGAAAUAACCAAUCAGGAGAAUAAGAAUGUUUGUGCAUCCAAUCAGUUGAGGCAGAGUGAGGAAGAAGCCAAUGAGGUGAAGCAGAAUCGUCAAGGCGUUACUAGGGAGGACAGAAACGAAACAACCAAUCAGGAGAUCGACAGGGACGAUUUGUCCAAUCAGGAAACAGUAAAUCUUAAUUUUGCUAAUCCAGAAAUGUUACUAUACCAGCAAUUUGUGACAAAUAAUGGUGUUGAAAACGCCACAGGGGAGGAAAUGGCUGAAAACUCAGAGGAAUGUCAAACAAAUGUAUUACUUGAAGAGUAUUCUGGUCUAAUGAAUGACAACACAGAGGUUUGUAGCGAACACAAGGGGGUGCUAGAAUCAAAAACGUAUCAAAAGGACCCUGACGACAUCAGUGUCUGUCACAUUCAUUUGAAUGAACUUGAGGAAGUAUGUAUGGAGAACCUCCCAGAUUCACCAACCAGUGACAAAAGCAGCCACGAAAUUGCGGCCAAUGAGAAAGAAAGGUCCGUUGAUCUCAUCAAGCUACCAGCCAAUGAGAGAGAGCAGCAGGCACUAGAUGGGCAAAGCAGAGCCAGUAAAGUGCCAAGUACAGGUCUGGCAUUCGUGAAUAAAAAGGUGGUGGAGGUUGUCAACCUGUCGGUGUCGUGCGCACCCACAUGUCUGCCUUUCUCGUCCGUACUACGGGAUUCGCCAUCGGUUAGCGGAAUCUCCACUCACCAGGCCACAUCCCCCAUUACCCAUCAACCCCUGGGCUCUUUUGGAAUAAUCUCCUCGAACUCUUUCUUCGGUGCUGAUCAGGAAAUCAACGAGAGAAUGAUUAACUUCUAUAAGGCAAAGGAAGCCAUGCUGAGGGAGCUGGUGUUCAGAGGCACUCUCUACAGUGACCUGCCUUACCUCGCCUCCGAUCACCCAUACUUCCCUCCUGAGGAAGACGACACUGAGUUUGAGGAUGGGAUACACCUUGUGGUGUGUGUCCAUGGACUUGAUGGUAACAGUGCAGAUCUGCGGUUGGUCAAGACGUUUAUAGAGCUCGGGCUACCUGGAUCUAGACUGGACUUCCUCAUGUCAGAACGCAACCAGACGGACACAUUUGCAGAUUUUGACACCAUGACUGACAGACUUCUGGAUGAGAUAAUUCAGCACAUCCAGCUGUAUAACCUCACCAUCCACCGGAUCAGUUUUAUCGGACACUCUUUGGGGAACGUCAUCAUCCGCUCUGUGCUGACCCGACCCAGAUUCCGCUGUUACCUCUGUAAACUCCACACCUUCCUGUCCCUGUCUGGACCCCACCUGGGAACACUGUAUAAUAACAGCACGCUGGUCAGCACAGGUCUGUGGCUAAUGCAAAAACUCAAGAAGUCUGGUUCCCUACUGCAGCUUACAUUCAGAGACCACACCGACCCGCGACAGACCUUCCUCUACACGCUCAGCAAGAAACCAGGUCUGCAGUUCUUCAGGAACGUGGUGUUGGUGGCCUCUCCACAGGACAGAUACGUGCCCUUCCACUCGGCCCGCAUUGAGAUGUGUCGGACGGCGCUUAAAGACAGAACCACAGGUCCAGUAUAUACAGAGAUGAUCAAUAACUUACUCCAGCCGUUGCUGAGUGCUCCAAAUUGUCGUUUGAUCAGACAUAACGUGUUCCACGCGUUACCCAACACGGCCAACACGCUGAUCGGACGUGCGGCUCACAUCGCCGUGCUCGACUCUGAACUCUUCCUGGAGAAGUUCCUUCUGGUGGCCGGGCUCAACUACUUCAAAUAGACAUCAUGCCUUGAGUUGGAUGGGAGAGCCAAUCAGAUUACACUUAACGUCAGCCAAUAUCAUUUAAUUUCAGAGUCAUAAUGAGCUCUGGAAUUUUUUUUUUAAAAAGUUCAGUCUUUGGACGCAAAAAAAAAAAAAAA